GCAAUAUUCAUACAUAUUAAUGGAUGAAAAUUGGCCUGAAUGGUCUGGGACCUUCGCUGUGUCCCAAAAGUCCCAGUCCCAGGGGGAAGUGAAAAAUAAAAUUGAAGCAACAGCACGGGAAGAAAAAGAAGUUUAUGCUAAACUUAUUUUUACCGAGGAACAGGAAAAUGAUCUACGUGAGGCGUUCAAUUCCCUGGAUCAUCUAGGAGAAGGGAAAAUAAAAGCUGCGGAUUUUCGUGUGGUCAUAAAAGCUCUUGGUUAUGAACCAACGAAAGAAGAGCUGCAACAUAUGAUAAACGCCGUGGACAAGGGCGACACCGGCAAGUUGAGCUUCGAGAACUUUCAGACGGCCAUCAUGCGCAAGAUCAUGUCGCUAGACACUGAUGGUGAUAUCAUGAAGAGCUUCCGUUUGUUCGACAUGGAUGAUAGCGGUUUAAUCAGUUUCGAAAAUGUUAAAAAAGUAACUGAAAUACUUGGCACUUACCUCACCGACGAAGAAAUAGAAGAAAUGAUAGACGAUGCCGAUAAAGACUUUGAUGGUUUUAUAAAUGUGCAAGAAUUUAUGAGAAUGAUCAAAAACAGCGUGCAUAUUGUUACUCCAUGAGUUUAUGAGAAGUAUCUGCACCACUUUAGCAUCAUAUUAUUUUCUUACUUCAGAC